CAAAACAUAUAUAAGAUACCAUAUUUUCCUCGUAUUUUCCUGGCAAAAUGAGCUUGUUUGCCUUUGCAAGCUCAUCGACCCACCAAAAAUAGUUGUACUUCUUACCCAACCAAAAAAGAAAAAAGAAAAAAUCAUUUCAGAGCAGAAACUCAAUCACAGGGGAAGUCUGUGAUUGAUUUGGGUUUGCAUUCAGGAAUUCGUUCAUGUGGCAGUUGAAGUUGUGAUUUUGAAAGGACUGGUGAUAGUAGUGUUUUUGAUACUGGGUUUGAGAAACCCAACAUUAAGGGAGGUGAGACUCUGAUUGGGAGUUGAAAAAAUGUACCGGACUGUGGCUACAGCCGCAACCCGGGGUGGAGUACCAACAGAUAGUGGGGACUCUGUUGUUAGCUUGGAUCAAGUUCCACGUUGGAGUGAUGCGGAGCAUAGGUCUUCUUUGGAAUUUGAGAUUGAAGAUCCUUCAUUUUCCAAUUCAUACUUUCCUGAUCCUUUGACGUCUCCGGGGGCGGAGAGCAGUAGCUAUUCAAUGGUGUCAAGGUUUCCCGUUGAUCAUGAAAUUAACUCAAAGAUAUAUCUUUGGAGGGGGAACCCAUGGAAUCUUGAGGUAGAUGCUGUUGUGAACUCGACAAAUGAGAACUUGGAUGAAGCACACAGCAGCGCUGGUCUGCAUGCUGCAGCUGGACCUGAUCUUGCAGAAGAAUGUGCCACAUUGGGUGGAUGUCGAACAGGGAUGGCAAAAGUUACUAAUGCAUAUGACCUUCCUGCUAGGAGGGUUAUCCAUACCGUUGGUCCCAAGUAUGCAGUGAAAUACCAUACUGCUGCAGAGAAUGCUCUUAGUCAUUGCUAUCGUUCUUGCCUUGAACUUCUCAUUGAAAAUGGGCUUAAAAGCAUUGCUAUGGGCUGUAUAUACACAGAGGCUAAAAAUUAUCCUCGUGAACCAGCUGCUCAUGUGGCUAUAAGAACGGUGCGGCGUCUUCUUGAGAAGCAGAAAGAUAAAAUAACAGCUGUUGUUUUUUGUACUACCACAUCAACUGAUACUGAAAUCUACAAGAGGUUGCUUCCACUGUACUUUCCUAGAGAUAAACAUGAGGAGGAGGUGGCCAUCUCAAAGCUUCCUGCAGAUGUUGGGGAUGAGAAUGGUGAGACAAUUAUAGAUGAACGUAAAAUCAGAAUAAAGCCUUUGCCCAAGAAGAUCGCUCCUAAACCUCCCCUGGCUCCAGUUGAUCUUCCUGUUAGUGAUGUUGGCUUAGUACGAAGGACUUCAUCAUAUUUGGGUUCAUUUCUGGAUCCUGCCUUCAUGUCUUUAAUCAAAGAUCCAGAUCAGAGACGCAAAGAACAAUGGGAAAAAACUGCUCAAGCACAAAGGGGUUGGAAUUGUGCUAAAAUGCUUGGAUUCGGUGACCUUGGUGGACCUCCAUUAUCUGCUGCUGAAGAAUACUCACUUCAUUCUAGAUACCUUGCCAAAGCAAAUUCUCUUAACCUUUCGGAAAUUGCAGAGAUGAAAAUUGUUUACCGUGGUGGGGUAGACAGUGAAGGUCGUCCUGUGAUGGUUGUUGUGGGGGCACAUUUCCUGCUGCGAUGUCUUGAUUUGGAGCGAUUUGUGCUUUAUGUAGUAAAGGUAAUUAGGGAGUUCGAGCCCUUGAUGCAGAAGCCUUAUACUAUUGUCUACUUCCACUCUGCUGCAUCCUUACAGACUCAACCGGACUUUGGAUGGAUGAGAAGAUUACAACAGAUACUUGGUCGGAAACACCAGCGCAAUCUGCAUGCAAUAUAUGUUCUUCACCCAACCUUUGGACUCAAGGCUGCAAUAUUUGCUCUACAAUUGCUUGUAGACAAUGCGGUGUGGAAGAAAGUGGUAUAUGUUGAUCGACUUCUUCAGCUGUUCAGAUAUGUUCCCCGUGAGCAGUUGACCAUUCCCGACUUUGUAUUUCACAGGCAUGAUUUAGAAGUGAAUGGAGGGAAGGGUCUCAUUGUGGACCCGAGAACAAAAUAUGUAUAUCAUCGACCAUAGGAUCACAAGUGCAGUUCCAUCAGGCGAUAAAAGCUGGGCUGGGCCACAGGUUGUGAUUCCAUCGUUUGUUUCUCUUUUAUCAUCGGUGCUAGGUGGAGUUGUACACAUUGUUAAAUGUGUACAGAAAAUUUACAUAUCAAUUUUUUGAUUUAUUUUUGAAGCAAUGAUCUGUUUGUCUGAAGAUGGAAAUAAUGUUCUUCAUUUGUUUUUUUGUAUGAUAUUGGUGAGUUUUCAAUAAAAAUAAAUAAAUAAAUAAA